AUGGAAACAGGGAAAGCCCCCAGGGAGCAGAGGCGGGACGGCUUCUGUUGCGUCAUCUUUCCCAGUGUCCACGGGCUCACUGCCCUGGCCCUGCCCCCUGCUUUGGACGCACAGUUUUCACCACCGGACCACCAGGUGACUUUUCAGAUCGCCCCUCCGUGUACCAGCGAGCGGUACUACGAGCAUCUUGGACAGUGCUGUAAGAAGUGUGAACCAGGAACGUACAUGUCUUCCAAAUGCACCACUACCUCUGAAAGUGUCUGUCUGCCCUGUGGCUCGGACGAAUACCUGGACACCUGGAAUGAAGAAGAUAAAUGCCUGCUGCACAAAGUCUGCGAUCCAGUGCAGCUCAACAAGGACACGGUGUGUGAGCCCUGCCCCGCAGGCUUCUUCUCCAACACCACUUCCGCCACGGACUCGUGCAGGCCCUGGACCAACUGCACCAUUCUCGGAGAGAGAGAAGUGCGUCGCGGAACCGAUGAAUCAGAUGUGGUUUGUAGUCCUCUCCCACCUGCAGAUCCACCAAGUGAACCGCAGAUUUACUUGCCCAGUUUAAUUAUUCUGCUCCUCUUCAUGUCUGUGGCUUUGCUGGCUGCCGUCAUCUUCGGUGUUUACUACAGGAAACAAGGGAAAGCGCUGACAGCUAAUUUGUGGCACUGGGUCAAUGAGGCUUGCGGCCGCCUAAAUGGAAAUAAGGAGUCCGCAGGCAACAGUUUCAGCUGCACUCACGCGGAGGCCGGCAGCGCACGCGAAGUCUGUGAGGGUGUCUUCCUGCUGACCCUGGAACAGAAGGUGUUUCCUGAAGACACGUGCCGUCCGGAGGCGGGGGGCGCGUGCGCAGCGGCCUGUCCACCCCGGGGAGACGCCGAGAUGCUCUCCUUGGUCAGCGAGAUCGAGGGGGACCCCUUCAGGCCAGUGCCCACGGAGGACGAAUACACGGACAGGCCCCCCCGGACCGCAGACUCCAUGGUGGUCCUCACCCCGCCUGGGGGCCGGUCGCCCUUCCCCGAGCCCCUGGAGGUGGGCGAGAACGACAGCUUCAGCCAGUGCUUCACGGGGACGGACAGCCUGGGGGGCUCCGAGAGCCCCCGCCUCCCCGCGCCCCCCUACAGGACUGCGUGGAGGCCCGCGUCCCCCGAGAAGUCCUUGCACGGAGAAGCGGGGGGCGGCCGCUGCCCGCACUGGGCGGCCGGCGCCCGCUCUGCCGACGGCUGUGCAGGCUGCGGGGACCCGGCUGGGGGGGACCCGGCGCCCGGACUGGGGACCCCCCCGAGUGGACCCUUGCCCCAGUGCGCCUACGGCAUGGGCCUCCCGCCCGCCACAGACCCGGCCGAGGCGGGGGGCCAGCCCCCAGACGGGGCCACCGCCGAGCUUCCCGGCCCCGCGAGGGGGGGCCCGGGUGACCAGCCGCCUGCCUCAGGUAAUGUGACUGGAAACAGUAACUCCACGUUUAUUUCCAGCGGGCAGGUGAUGAACUUCAAGGGCGACAUCAUCGUGGUCUACGUCAGUCAGAACUCGCAGGAGGGCCCGGCGGCGCCAGGCGGCGGCGCGGGGGAGCCAGCGGGCCACCCGGUGCAGGAGGAGAGCCCUCCGCGCCGCGACUCGUUCGCCGGCCUCGGGCCGCGCUUCCCGGACGCGUGCACUGGCCUCGACGUGGGCCCAGGACUGCAGGAGCAUGGCGCCCCGGCUGCAGACAAGGCCUCGCGGCCGGUGCAGGAGCAAGGGGCGGCCGAGACGCGGCGGUGA